AUGGCUGUUAAUAAUAUUUUGACUGGUGAAGACCUAGUAAAAAAAGGAGUAACUAGGUUAGAGGCAAAUUUACCUGAGCUUGGUUUAAAAGAUGUUGUUCCAAAUGGCUCUUGGUUAGAGAGUAAACAGAUUCAAGCCGCUUUGGAAGAGAAAAAACAUCUGAUUGAAGUUGAAAGGAUUGAAAAAAGAGGGUCCUUAAGUCAAGCUGAUUGGCAGGAAGAUCUAAGUCUGGCUGAAGUGACCCAGAAAGUUGGAGGUUACUGGCAAUUUCUUGGACAUAAUGUAGGACCAAUUCUAUAUCUUAAGCCAGAAGAAGCUCUGUUUUUAAUGGAAAUUAAUUGUCUCCAAUUAAAUUAUGGUGGUGUUAAGGUUUCAUUACAACAGGCUUACUCUUUGCUUCUUCGUGGAGAACUAAAUAUACUAAAAUAUAAAGUGUAUGCAUCACUUAGCAGAGUUGGAUACAAAGUGCUUAGACACAAAUCAUCUACAAAAAGUGUGACCCAACUGCAUAAAGUAACUGAAGCAGAAAAAUGUACAGUUACAGUAAUGGCUGGACAAAAUAAUGAAAAAUGUCAGGAAACUAAUACAUUAAGUAAGGAUUUAAAGACAAAGUGUUAUGGAACUUUUAAAGUAAUAGAUUCUGAAACAAAUAUAAACUCUAUAAAUAAUAACUAUUCUAUUGACCAUGAUGACAAAUUGGAUAGUAAAAUGUCUAAAACAUACAAAAAUGUUAUAGAAAUCUAUCAUAAUAAAAUUGAUAAAUUGAAAAGCAGAGUGAUAAAACCUCCCAGAAAUGAACAACUAAAUGAAUUCUUCUUUAACAUACCAGAAUUAUUGGGAAAACAUGUUGUUACCCUAAAAGUACCAGAGGCAAAAUUUUUACCAGAUAAUAUGAAAUUAAAAGAAACAUAUACUAUUAACUUACAAAAUUUUAACAAAAAAUACAUAAAAAGGCGUAAUCGAACCUACAGCCUUGGUGAUGAAGUUAACAAUAGCCAUGUAGGAAGGUUACAAUCGGAUUCAAAUAAUUUCAAAGAUAACAUAAAUACUAAUCAAGCACAAAGUAGUGUUUAUACUCAAACUAGUUCUCAAGGCCAGAAAAGUACUCAAACGGCAAAUGGGCCUCAAAUUCCAAAUAGUAUUAAUCACAAUAAUUAUGUUGAAGAUAGACAUUAUGAACAUUCAAAGUACAUGCCUGUUUUCUAUUCAAGGCCCCAAAAUUUAAACUAUAUAAACUUCAACAUGAUUUUUGACAAUACCCUAAAUCAUGUAUAUUUUCCAUAUCAGUGUUAUGGACCUCAGGUAUGCCCUGGGCCAAGUUUGAAUGUUUACAACUCCAGGAUGUAUGGAAACAGAAUGCAAAAUUCAACUAUACAAAGAAGCAGAGGAAAUCACCUACAAAGGAUUAAAGAUCUUGCAGGAAGACUGAAAAUCCUUGUGUCGAGAGGAAAUUCCAAUAAAGAUCAUAUUCGUGACCUGAAGAAUCUUCUUAAAACUUAUAAUUCCAGAUACAAAACAAAAUUGAGACUUAGCUCUGAUUUUGAAAUAUUAACUGAAGCAAGUGUUGUUGCACAAAUUGAUUUAGACCAAGAUGAUGAUGAACCACAAAAUAAAAGACAGAAAACAGAUAACUCGCUUGAAGAAAAUCUCCAAGCUGUUACAGAAAUGGCUUUAGAACUUAAAGAUUUGGAAAUUAAUGGGAAAGCAACUGCCAGUCAUCGAAGAAGUAUUUCAAAGCUUAUAAAAACAUUUAAUGAUUGUUACAAUGUUGAAUAUUAUUUGACACCAGGAUAUGAAGUUCUAAAUCGAGCAGAUGUUUCUUCUGUUACUAAAUCUGUUAUAGUUGACGAUGAAGAACCUGUAAAUAAAUCAGAAAAACCAAAGAAAAGCAAGAAAUUCAGGAAUCCCUACAAUAUCCUUAAAAGGUUAUCUGAAAAUCAAGGUGCAAGUUCAUCAAAAAGCAAUUUUCCAUCAAUACUUAACAAAAACACUGAGCCUAAAAACAGUAGUAAAAUUGAAAGCUGGAUUCCUUAUGAUAAUAAUUUUGUACGAAUUGAGAUACCUAGUGAAAUUGGUGACCCCUUGUUUGAUUCAAGAAAAACGCAAAUGCUAUAUGAAUUUAUAAAAUUUAAACCCAACUUUUUAAAUUGGGGUCAAGCAAAGAUAGCAUUUCUAGAAAGUCUUAUGGAAACAAUUGCAGAGUUUAGCCAAUCAUCAAAUCUUCAAAAUGACUUUGAUGAAGAUUGUCUACUCUCACCUGAUUGCGGGAAUGUCAAAGCUGUAAUGGAUAAAUUAAGAAUCAUCAAAACAAAUGAAGAAGCUAGUUCUGAAUGCCGGCUACAUAUCGAUUUUGAUGUUUAUAAUAGAAAUGUAGAGAAUUAUAAAAAAAAGAAUCCUCCAAAACCACAUUUCAGAGUUAUAUGCCUUGAUGAAUCUCUUGAAAUACCAUCAGCAUCAGAAGUCGAAGCUCUCGAAUCUCGAUAUGAAGACAACAUACCUAUAGUCUUUGCUUUAGUCAGUAGCAGCUCCAUCUCUUACUUACAAGUAAAAUCGACUGAGAUACCAAUAUUUGAGGCUUCUAGUAAUCAGUAA